AUGCCUUCCGUCGCGGAGCGCCCGCGUUCGUCGCAGGAGGCUCUGCUCCGUCUCGAAAAAGGCACCGCAUCUCCCACCGCACAGCUCAACGACGCUGCGAAUAUUAUCGGCCUAGAUCUCGCGCUAUGUGCCAGUCACCCUGAAAUCAACCGAACCCCCCACUUUCAGAACAAUGCUGCCCCCAAAGCGGAAUGGGUCCUGCGAUGGUUGUUGAAGAGGCUGCGGACUGGAAAGAACUAUCGUGUCGAUGCGGCCUCCUUCCUCUUACUACGACAGUUGAUCGAUUUAAUCCCGCCCAAGACAUUGGCCACGACCUUGAAGGACCAGAAGUUCCUCGGAAUUGUCCACGAUGCUAUCGCCGACCUGGAGGAGGAUGUGCUGGCCGGAUUAGGGGAUGGGACAGCCGAGCUCCUGCACUCCGGCUCAGAAUCCAGUCACACUUUGGCCGAUUCACCACACCGCAAUGGCGACUACGAUAAGAAGGGAACCAAGAGGAAGAGGUCCGGCGCGGACGAACCUGAUGCUAUGGAUAUCGACGACCCGCCCCGUACUCCAACCUCCUGCUUUGUGGCCUUCAUCCGCGCGCUGGACUGUCUGUAUAGCCUGGUUAUGCUUGUCGAUCGGACGUCCGGGGUUGACGAUGUAGCGAGCUCGCAUCUGAAGCACGCUCUUAAGGGGGAGCCCGAAUCGGUCGCCGGCACGCUGCAGAAGUCCUUCCGGCUCGCUGCCAUCAUCACGACGCAACUCUUCCAUGCGCAGCAGACAACGGACCUACAGCAUUUGCUCUACGUGCUUCCAGCCAUUUUUGAUCUGUGGGAGUUGAGGUCGUCUCGUCGUGACGAUUCGGAAAAGGGGCUAAGUAAUGAAUGUUUCUCUAAACACUGCUUCCAAAGCGCCCUCAGACUACAAUUCUGCGUCAACUCAAUACGUCUGGACACCGACGAAAGAGCCCACGUUCUGCACGGACUAGAACGCCUCAUUGCACUGCACGUGGUGCUCCCCGCCCGGUCCAGCUUCUUCGAGGGAGGCGGAUCCGGCAUUGACUAUUCAGCCAACGAGCCUGAUUGGAGUCCUGUGAAGCCUGUCUCGGAUACGUUCAGGCCGCUCCUUUGCGCACCAGAGAAUCCAGACCAGAGCACCAGUGACAUUGCCGGCAUCCAGAAAAAAGCCAAGUGGAAGACCGCUGAGCUAUUGCCGGAGUUUUUCGACAUCGCAGCACGCACAGUUCCCCGGGACACGUUCAGAAGACAGAACCAUGAAGGCCCUUGGUUGGAAACCCUUUUCGUCGCAGUCGCAGAGCUGGCGUACUCCAUCGCGAAGUCUGAGAACACGACAGCGUACUUUACUGAGUUUGUCGCCAUUCUGGAACGCCUGUUUCGUGUGGUUCUUGCUAGAGACAUCAAACUGUCCCUCCAUACAUUGCUUACUCACGCUGCGUAUACUGGUCUCCUCAAGGAAGGCCUGUCGCAAGUGGAGUGGAGCCUCACCGCUUUACUUAUCGAACUAGGUACCGACAUCUUCUUGCCCAAUUCCGGGCUCAACGACUCUGAGAAGUUGCUCAACGCUCUACUGGAGAAAAUUCUUUUGCACUGGCGCACCGGCGUUUCUCAUGUCGACGAUAGCUAUAGGACGAUCAAGAACGGCAUUGUGAUACCUCUUCUCCGUGGGUUUGUCGGCGCCCGGGACCUGCCAAAUUUCAUGCAGAUAUGGUACGAGCAGCUUAUCGAGGUUGAAGAAGCCCGCUCGAAGGAUAAGGAAAAGGCAUUGACUCGUUUCAUUGUGUGGGAAGACGAUGACGUGUGCAACGAGUUCAGCGAGCUAAUGCGGAACCCUCUGACCUACGCUCACUCUGCUGCUCAGAUGCGCGCGGCGGCAGUGGAGAUCAAAGGAGAAGAUGGUAGAAUUCAACACUCUCCUGGCGCUUAUGCGCAGAUUGUAAUUCUGGAAUCUGGCUUCAGAAACCGUGACCUUAGCUUCGAGGACAGGAACGAGGAUUUGACGUCCAUUAUCCAGACUGUGACAUCGACAUUGUUUUCCGAACAGAAGUUACAUUGGCGGUGGCGGCUGUGGCGGCUCGGCCGCAGUCUCCUGGAGAACAACGUACAGUCUACCGACAACGAACUGGGUAUUGCCAUUAUCAAGCUUGUUGCUACGGCUGCAGAGUCGAUACAGCGUGUUCACCAGGGCCGUAUGAAAAAGCUUUGUGCGCCUCUGGAGUGCUUUGAGGCGUUUCAGUUUGCUCUUACCGCGAUCAAAACCACUGCAAACCCUGAACAAUUCCGCUUGUUUACGAACGAGGUCACGACCCUCAUAAAGUCCAUCUCGGGCAAAGAUGCCGCCAAGUCCAUCAAGUCUCCUUGGGACGGACGUAUUGAGACGCUCACGUCGCCCACCACACUUGCGUUGGCCUAUUUCUUGAGCUUGGUCAGGAAUCCUGAUAUAUGGCCCCAGGUGGAGUCUGAAACCAGACGCUCUCUCUUUGCACAUGUUUUGUCCCUGGCAACUUCACAGUAUAAGCCGUCGCCAUCUACUCUCGAAACUGUCAAUCCCGAUUCCAAGUAUCUUCAGGCUUGGGCAAGCCUCGUCUGCCAUGAGUACCUUCUCAAUGCUCCGUCUAUUGCGGUCGAUCUUAUUGCAGUGCUGUCUGAGCGAGUCAAGGCAGACGUUCCUAAUCGCCGACUAUACAUUGAAAGUCUACAGAGAAUCCCUGCCCCGCUUGUCACCCGUGGUCAGAGAGCGAUCUUGCUGGAUCUACUGCAGGAGGUGAUUGCACAGGAAGGUAGCACCCCGGAGGUUACUGUGGGGAUGCUGUCUCUGAUGGCCAAGUUGGCUGAGAUGCCGAAGUCCACGGCGGCUCUGACGAGCAACUGGGAGCCUCUCUGGACGGUCGCCAAGGCGGUCUCUCUGCAAGGAAGUGAUAUCGAUCUCCAGAUCAUGAAGGCUUACCGAAAUCUUCACCGAGCGGUUAUCGCCAAGUUACUCGUUCUCUCUGACGCCGAACGACAGCGCUUGUUCAAGAAGAUGUAUCGCAAAGUGUCGGCCAAGGCACUUAAGCUGCAGUCCUUGAACCGUGACUCCAUGGAUUGCUUCUAUCUUAGAAUCUCGCUGUCUCAGUUGUGGCUCAAUCGGAAGGCACUUGAGGGUGUCUUUGAUGAAACCGAGCUUGCCGCUUGCCGUAAGAAAGUGUUUGACUUGGUUGUUGCGGAGGUCAAGUCUGUCAAGACACAGUGCAAGAAGCAGCAGCUGGAGGACACCAUCACCCUGAUUAAGAUCCUCGACGCGCUAGAGGACUUUGAAGACCUUGCGAUGGAUCACGCCGAGGUUGAAAAGUUCUUGUCCAGGAUUGAGAGUUAUGUUGAGAAGUCGGUUGACUCGGCUUCCUCCCUGAGAAGACUCAUUCGACGACGUGUUUUGGCUGGGCGAGGAUCCGAGAAGAGCAUCACACAACCCGUCAUCCAGUGUGCGGAAUCCCUUCCCCUGCAACACAUGUAUAGCGAAGAGCAGCGAAUCUUUAUCCGAUCCACCAGUGCAAGGUUCCGAACCAUGACGGCGGACGAACUGACCCGGGUGAUCCAAGACAUUCGCAAAAUCGGCUUCGUUGGGGAGAAUGCCGAGUAUCACUUGCUUAUCGCUGGUUUGGCUAUCACUUCCCUGCCCUCCGUUGAAGACAAGGAAAGCCAAACUGGCCACGAACUGGGGUUGGUCUUUACGGACGCAACCAAUUCUCUACUUAAGAACAACUCCAUCGAACCAUUUACAUUCGCUACUGAGUGUCUGGAUAUCAUACUGCGUAACCACACGCGUUGUGUCACGCAGUUCAAUAUCGACAACCUGUUGGGAACGAUCGCCGUGUGUACCUCCAAAUCCGGUCCCUGCAUCGACCCUGCAUACGCUGGAACUGUCUAUAUCCGUCUCUGUCGCAUUAUGGGCCUCCUUCUCGGUCUUCACCGUCAAAAACUCGGCGGUCGCUUCCACCUUAUUAAUCCUGUUAUCAGUGGCUUGCUGGAUUGUCUCUUUGCUCGCUCCAAGAAGCGCAGCCGGUCCAUGUUGCACGAUAAGAAAUCCGGGCAGCAGCCCUAUUGGCUUGCUCCAUUACAGGCAUCGCACGCUGUGCACUUCACCCGUCUUCUAACCUCCCUUUGCGACCCGACGGUCUCGGCCGUCUCGAGACCGACGCAAUCUGGCGUGGGCUUCGAAGGGUUGACCGAUCAGACGAAGAAGGCCAAGCGCAUUGCGGGGCAGUACCUUCAGUAUUUGAUCCAGGAUUAUACGCAGAGCGCUCUUCGCGGGUCUCUUUCGCCUGACGUGAAGGCGGCAAUCAUUCCGGGUCUGUAUGCUGUGCUCGACGUGAUGUCGCGCGAUACAAUGCGGGCGCUGAAUGCGGGACUAGAUGUCUCCGGGCGGGCGGUGUUCAAGGCUCUGUAUGAUGACUAUGUGAAGUUCGGAAAGUGGAAUAAGGGUUAA